AUGGCAGAAUCAGACACGCCAAAGACUCAAUCUCGGUCGAAACGGUUCUCUGUAACCAAAACCUUGUCCCCUAGCUCAUCAUCUACUACUGGUACCCCCACCAGAACCAACCCACUUAUCGACCGUAUUCUUGCAAACCCUUUAGUGUUCAAACCAGGUUCCAAGAAGGAAUCCUCCUCUUCGCAAUCCCCCACCAAAGGGUUCAUCGUAUUAAGUGCACAGGCAAAAGCAAGACAAACGCAAGCAGCAGACUCUAAGUCAACAGACCUCACUGCUGUCACUGCCAAUACUACUGCUAGUCAUAAGCAAGACCCCAUGGCACUGUCAAAUCAAUCUUCUCCGCGUAAGCCAAAGUCGAUGGCGGAAGCAGUGGCUGCCUAUACUGGGAAGAAGUUUCUCACUCGGAAGGAGAAACGGUUAGAGAAACUUAAAAUCAAGCAACAGUUGGAAUUGCAACGUAAGUUACAACUUGAAUUAGAAUCGUCUGCAAAUAUUACUAAUGAUGAAACCGAUAUCAAUAAGGAUGAUGGCGAUGAUGAUACACCAACCCCUCUGCUCCCUUUCACAAAGUUUGAUAGCGAAUCAAGCAUUGACAUAAGCAGUCGUAGUACAAGUCCUGAAAGAAGGAGAAAAGUUGAUUCUGAUUCUGAUGUUGGGGUGUCGGAAGAACAAUUACCCGAGUUGGAAUUGGAAGAAGAUUCUUCUUCUUCAUCUUCCAAUGAUGAUGAAGAUGAAGAUGCUGAUUAUGCUAUUUCAGCUUCUGAAGAUGAAGACGACGAAGAAGAAGAAGAAGAAGAUGAUGAUGAUGAUGAUGAUGAUGAUUCAUCCGAUCAUUCUUCUUCUGGCUCCAAUUCUCGUUCAGGGUCUGCUUCUCCCCAAGUAGAGAACACCAAAAAGAGAGCCAAGAUAGGAUUUGAAGAUGACGAUAUGAAUAUCAAAACCCUCAAGAACGUCCUCAAACUUGAUAGAUAUGAAAAUGGUCAAGACAACAGAAGUUUGAGUAAAAGUGCUUCUCCUGAAAUUAACAAUAAUAGAGAAGGAGAAGAUGCAGAAGAUGAAGAUGAAGAAUAUGAAGAUGGUACUAGUCCUAUUGAUGGACCAAAGAAAUUAGGUACAACUCCACCCACAUCUCCUGAAGAUGAAAGUGAUGGCGCCAUAAAGCCUAAUGAAGAUUGUCAACAAGUUAAGCAAAAAUCUUUGGAUACUUCACUUGAAGGGUUUUAUGAUCUUAAUCUGAAUCCCAACGAUCAUGGAAGUAACGGAUCUACGCGAAUCAUCAAGCAUUGGAGAGAAUAUAGCGAUCGUAAGCCUUGGGGUUUACUUAAUGAAGGAGUAACAUGCUAUAUGAAUUCAGCAAUUCAAGCCUUUGUUCACAUUCCAGCAAUGCAACAUUAUCUUAAUCAAAUUUUCACUGGGAAAUUGGGUAAAGAACAUAAGGAGAAAUCCAAUGUUACAUAUACACUUGCGGAAUUGAGUAAUUCUAUGUGGAACCCUAAACUUCGGUCCAAACAGCAUCCCUAUAUUUAUCCUAAACGUAUGAUUCAUCGGUUACACCAAAUCAACUGUAUGAUGAGUCAAUGGCAACAAGAAGAUAGUCAUGAGUAUUUCAUGAGCUUGAUGAGUAGAUUACAAGAAGAUCUGACACCCAAAGGACAUAAAUUAAAUGAAAGUAUUAUUUAUGAAAUUUUUGGAGGUCUUUUGAAUCAAAAAAUCACAUGUCUUAAAUGUCAAGGAGUUAGUGAAACCAAACAAGAAUUUUAUGAUUUAUCUUUAGGAUUAAACAAGAAGAAAUCACAUCCAUACCUGCUUGAAAAAUCAUUGACAGAUUUUUUCUCAAAUGAAUUAAUUAAAACAGAUAAAAAGGAUAAAUUAACUGGAUAUUAUUGCAGUAAAUGUGAAAUGAACACUAAUGCAAAUAAAAUUAGUACCAUUGACAUUUCACCUGAAUAUCUUACAAUUCAUUUGAAGAGAUUUAAAUUUGAUGGGAAUGCUCUGUCGAAAUUGAAGCAAUCUAUUUCGUAUCCCAAUUAUCUUGAUUUGACUAAAUAUCAAACUGAAGAUCAACAAAUGCCACUGUCUUUAAAAUAUAAAUUGAUGUCAGUGAUUGUUCAUGAAGGACGCAAUGUAACCCUGGGUCAUUAUGUGGCACAUUGCUUACAACCAGACGGAACUUGGGCUACUUAUGAUGAUGAAUACAUCAAUAAAAUCGCACAAGAACAAGCAUUAAGUGAUCCAGCAGCUUAUGUUCUUGUAUAUGGAAAAUUGACAGCCAAGGGAUACAAGAAUCACAAUAAUCAAAAGCGUAUGGGUUCUCAAAUGGCUAAUAACGGAGUAGCCAAAAAGAAGCGGAAGCAAUAA